CUUUGCCGGGGUAUCGAGAAGUGCUUCCAUCAUUGUUGCUUAUCUUAUGAGAUCAGAGCAGAAAUCUCUGGAAGAAGCAUUAGAAUCGUUGAAUGAAGUUUCUGAGUUGGCAUGCCCGAAUGAUGGUUUUCUUGACCAGUUGAAAUUGUUUGAAGAAAUGGGCUUCAAGGUUGAUACUUCAAGUCCUUUCUACAAGAGAUUCCGCUUAAAAUUAUUAGGUAAAUCCUACAAAUCUGGGGAGAAAAUAGGCAGCUAUAUGUUUCAAGAUGACCCUGGCCUUUCUCCACUACCUGGCUGUUGUCAAGAUCCUUCAAAGACAGAGCACAAUAAAACAGCUUACCGUUGCAGGAAAUGCAGGAGAAUUAUUGCUGUGGAGGACAAUGUUAUAAGUCACGUUCCUGGUGAAGGUGAAUCUUGCUUUGACUGGAACCGAAGGAAGAGUGGUCGUUCAUACAACAACAAAGAACAAUAUUGCUCAUCUUUAUUCAUCGAGCCCCUGAAAUGGAUGACUCCAGUCGAAGAGGGUGCUUUGGAGGGGAAGCUAUCAUGCAUCCACUGUGGAGCUCGGUUAGGAUACUUCAACUGGUCAGGAAUACAGUGCAACUGCGGCAGCUGGGUUACUCCCGCCUUCCAAAUAGGCAAGAGCAAAGUUGAUAUCAGCAUCAUCUAGAGAUUGGGAACGGCAUGCAGUGACCAAAUCUUUGGUGAAGUUGAGGGAUGAGGAGUGUGACAGUACUGGUUCCUGGCGGGUGGUGGCUUUGGCUCAAGGUUUCGUGUACAAUGUAUUUACAUGCAUGCAGUGAAGCAAUAUCAUAUUUGUGCAGCAAAGAUUGUACAAAAUUACGCAUUUGACGUUGUAGCAACAGAUUUUGCUGUGAGAGAGUCGUGCAGAGAAGGCACAUCAGCAUCUGUAAUCUUUCAGCGAAUUCGAAUGUGUGAUGUUUUUUCCAUUCCUUUUCAAGGCGCAGUGUAUCUUAAGAUUCAAUUUUCUGGGAUAUGCGAUCAACUAUUCUAAAGUUUUCA